CUGCAAUAAUCAGGUUUUGAAAAACCAUUGGAAUUCUCAACUACUAGUAAUUGUUAAACGAUACCAAAGUUUCAGAACUAAAUUUGUAGGGUUCCUAGUGAAAGAAACCCUUCCAAAAAUUCUCCAAAGCUUAGGAUGAACCUAAGCCAAAGAGGGGGUUUGGAAAUAGUUUUCAACCAGCAAUAGACGCGCCUCGGUUAUUACCUCACUAGCUGCGUCAUUGCCCCAAGCGCAAAGAUGAGAUUCCCACAAUGCUGCCUUUCGUUUUUAUAACAAAUCAUUCCCCUCCCUCUUCUCUAUUUAGCCGGUGUGGGAAAGUUAACCGAAUCUUAGAUUAAAAAAGGACCUCCGUUCCAUAUGCCUAUACGAAUCUGCGGCAUCAACCGUCAACGUUUGGCUCAAAUCGAAGGUCUGUUUCUCCGCUGUCUCGUUAAAUUUAUAUCUACAUUAGUGAAGUGUGUUGUAGAGAAGAGUUGCUAGGCUGAUAGUAUUAUGGAAGGAGUUAAGGGAGACGAUGAUGAUGGCAGCACACUGGCCCCACUGGUGAAGUGGAGAAGAGAAUUCUCUAGAAUGUUCAGGCACUACCUGGAUAGGUCUGUUCCUUAUACGUAUAGGAGAUGGCUUGGUACAGUAGCGGCUGCCUCAGUAUAUGUAUUACGGGUUUACUAUGUCCGUGGUUUCCAUAUCAUAUCCUAUGGUGUUGGAACCUAUCUUUUGAAUCUACUGAUUGGAUUCCUAUCCCCCAAAUAUGAUCCUGAACUUGAAGCUCUUGAUGGGCAUGCUAGAGAUUCUGAUGAAUAUAUACCAUUUGUUCGCCGUCUCCCUGAAUUCCUGUUGUGGUAUGCAGCCACAAAGGCUUUUGUUGUAGCUUUUUUUAUGACCUUCUGUUCGCUUUUUGAUGUCCCGGUUUUCUGGCCAAUACUGCUUUGUUAUUGGAUUGUGCUUUUUGUUCUUACCAUGAAGCGUCAGAUAACACACAUGAUUAAGUACAAGUAUGUGCCUUUUGACCAUGGAAAACUGAAAUACAGUCGGAAGAGAUCGGCUGCAAGUAGUGGGGGCUCAUCAAGGGGUUAAAGUUGUGUGGGUUCGCGAUAGCAUGCUGUGGGUGAGGUUUGGAGAAUCACAUCUUUUUGUUUCUGAAGCAUUUUUGUGUAUUUGUGUUUCUUGAGUCUGCUGAAGAAAAACUAUAGUUUGCUUUGACAUAAAAUCAGGGCUGUACAGAAAGAUUAGUAGCAUUUGGAAUAGGCUAAUGUUCUUUCAUGCCCCCCCCCCCCCCCCGGCAAGAACCCCUCUGGGCGCGGAGUAUAUGUAGUCCAUCUGUAUCCUAAUAACUCGUUUAUUUAACAAUUGCUGUUGUGCAGUUUUUGUUUUAAAUACUCCAACUAAUUUGCAAGUGGUGAAUGAAAUUAAGGAUGUUUU